CCUUUGGGGGAGUACAAAAAGGUCUCAGCAGGAGAAGGCGGCGAACUGUCUUAUGUUUUGGGCGCAACUCUCACUAAGGCCGAGGUAGCACACUCAGUCCGGUUUCUACGCCAAUUUGGAGAGCAGCCACCGACGACGGGUGACUCAGGAACCAAAAUGGCUAAUGCUGCUGGUGCACCUGCAGCAGAUAUCUGUGCAAAUGGGCUUGGACGUAUGUCCAAAAGGGGGAGCAACGGGAGGGAGAACUCUCUCAGCUGGAGGGAUAGGACAAAAAAUCUAGACCUACUACAACUCUUUGUUUGA